UGGCUGAACAGCCCGGCUCUGUCAGGAUUCGGAAACACUGAAGGGCUGUUCUCGGGGAAGGAUCCGCCCAGCUUCCAUAGGCAAGCGAGGGCAGCCAGCCAGUCUCCCGUAACCCCAUCUCAACCCCGAGACAUCAGCCUACCUGAACUCUCGGCGUAGAGUAAUGAUGCAGGGCUUCCCGGCGUACACGCUGAGGCUGAGCGCCGACCGCUAACUGUUAACCGGGGGAACUACUCAUCCACACGGAAUCGACCCUCGACCCUGCAGCCGACUAGAGAUCCUCUCUGCACUGCCUCCUGCCCACUCUGUGCUCGCCUCUCAGGGAUCUGUGUGCUCUGUUCCAGGGCUGCCAUGGAAGAGGCAGAUUUGCUGAAGGAGCGCCUUCAAGCCAUAACGGACAAGAGAAAACUCCAAGAAGACAUCACUAGAAAAAAGAGAGAAAUAGAGGAGGAAAAGCUAAAACUACAGUAUCUGAAGAAAAAGGCCUUGCGUGAGCAGUGGCUCAUGGAUGGACUGAGCCCUCAGAGUCAACAAGAUCAAGAGGCCAUGAAACUACAAGCUCACGAUGAAGAACAGCAAACAAAAGUCCUUCAGAGCAAUAUUCACAGGAUGGAGAAGGAAAUAGAAGCUCUAGAAAUCCAGGAAGUGACCAUUUCAGAAAACGAGGCUCUCAUUCUGAAACGGCUGAAAGAAAUCGAGAAAACGGCUGAGGACAUAAGAAAGGCAACCACAGUGGAGCAGAAGCAGACAAAUGGCAAUGAAGUGAAUGAAGAUUGCAGCUACACUCCAAAUCAGAAACAAAAAGAACUAGAAUACUUUUCAGAAGUAGUAACCAUGGAGACCGGCCAGCAAUCAGAAAUGGCUGCCGUAAUAGACUAUAAAAUGGAUUCUGUGGAGACAGAGGCAAUAGAAAAUAAGGAUACACUUGAGGAGGCUGAACCUGACUGGCCCAAUCCAGACAUUAGUGAACCCACAGAAACAAAAGAAAGCGUUGACAUUCUGGCAGACUUGCCACAAUGGCCGAAUGAAACCGAAAAACAACCUGAGCUGGAACAUUCAAAGGAUACAGAAGUUCCCUGUCAGAAGGAGGCUUUGGUCCUAGAUACAGAACAUAACGACCUGAAUCGUACAGAGUCCAUAAACUCCUCCGUUUCUGAUACACCAUCCAGUGCAGGAACGGUGUGUGAAAAUGAAACAGUUCAUAAGAUGCAAGACCAAACAGAUCAGGAAGAGCUAGAGAAUCCAGUGCUGCUCACCAUGGAAGACGCAGAGGACAGCGAUGUUACAGAGACAGCCGAACCUGAAACAGCACAAGAAGUCAUUGUGGAAAACUUCUGCAAGACUGAAGAAGAGCAAUCUCCCUUGGAAGAAUGUAUCAGAGAGGAGGCCUCAUCCGACAUCUCCACGGAAUCCUGUCAUGAUCUUGAUCCAGAUGACCCAGAAUUGAAUAGCGUUCUGAGGGUUGAAAUAGAAGCUGUCUCCUCAGACAGUGACACCGAUGAGAAGUGGAGGGCCAUAUUUUCCUCUUCAAUUAAUAAAGAAGAUGAUGAUUCUUAUAUGGAUGAAAUCCUUAACUUAAGUGCUCGAGAACUCUUUGUGCAAAAAGUGGAAAAUAAUGUGGAUAGCCCACCAGAAACCAGCGAGGUCCUUGAGGAAGACAUUCCAGACCACGAGCAGAUAAUUGAGGACCCGGAAGACUAUACAGAACAUGAGUUUCACUUCCAAGAACACCCUAGCAACACAGCCCCUUCUUUGUUUCAUGGCUUAUCAAAAAUCUCAGAGGAUGAAGAGGAGUCCAAUCAUGCUUUGAAACAAACCACACACACUUCAAGCUCCAUGAAAGGAAGCACUAAUAAAAAGGUUCCCCCCGACUACUGUGUCAUUCAAGAGACCAAGAAUGAAAAUGUCAGCACAGAACACGUGGAUUUUCUAGUUGCUCGGAAUCAGUGGUUGAAGAUGGAAGAGGAGACGAAAUGUCAAGUUUACCAGCCCUCCAUUAGGCACAAUACAUGUCAAGGAGGACACAACUCCAUGUAUACCCCUGUCCGUAACAUUGACAGGUCCAAGAAGGAGCCUGAGUUGGACAGCAUGACAUUCAGUGAUUACUCCCAGACCCAUUUUAGCCCAUGUUCAGAGGACUCCGGUUUGGAUGACUCCAGCUAUCGGUCCCCAUACGAUGAGCCGGAGACACCCAUUGAGAGGGAAAUUCGCCUGGCCUUAGAGCGAGAGGAGAACCUGAGACGUGAGCGGGGACUGUCUAAACUCUCUGAUUCCAGCGAAUGCACAGUCCGACCAGUCAUUCUUGUCCCAGGAAAGUCUGACAGAAGACUGAGCCAGGAGAUUGAUGAAAGGAGAAAGGUAUUUGAGACAAAGGAGGAAGAUGGCAGAUUUCCAAAGUCGUCUAAUGUCAAAACACCAUCCUUUGUCAUCACCUCCUCACCCUCCAAGAGUCAGUUGUACCAAGAGGUUUCAGGCAAUAAUGUCAUCAUCCUGGAGCCUGAUUCCUACUCUUCUAGCCCAACACAUUGCGCAAAAGAUGCAGCUUCAUCACAGCAAAUAAAGAAAGCCAAUGAGUGGCCGUCCGAGAAAUCUAAUGUGAUCAUACUGGAGACACCAAGUGUGAUCAUACGCAGUUCUUCUGAGUUCUGCUUAAACUCUGUAUGUCAGGACACCCAGGAGAGCACUUUUCUAAACAAUCCCUUCUUCAAGCUGAGGUCCAGGAGCACACAGUCUCUGAUUGAUGAGGAGAUAAAGAUGGUCAAGCAGCGGGAGGAAGAGCUUAAAAUUCAGAGAGAAAAUCUUUACUCGAAAGAGAAAUACAAUGUCAUGUCUCCAAGUGCGCUGGACAGCUUGGCCUUUGAUAAGUCAGCAGAACUGCCUGUGAAAUGUAAAUCAUCACCAUCAUCGCCAAUGAAGUCACCGUACAAGAUGGAUCGCUCCACACUCUCCUGUGAAAGCAAAGUAAAAACUUUUUGUUCAUAAUUUCAUUCCUACAAUGAAACUUGACAGCAUAAAAUGGCUGUUGCACAAAAAAGCAAGUUUGCUGGAGUAAAAUUACUCAAACUAUUCUAAAUUUAAACAUCACCUUCACAGCUGAAGUGUUUUUACAUAAGUAAUACACACAUAUGCAUCCUGACACUGAUUGAAUAUUGUAGUUGAUUUAAUUAAAGACCACCUGCAGUUAUUCAGGUGACUACUCCUUAGUUUUGUUUCUCUGAAGCACAGGGAAAGGGCAUGAAGGCCAAACAUUUGGAAAAACGGUUGUUUGAAAGUCACACAGAAAUUGCAGGACACCACCCUGAGCAAAAUCAUCAGUUUUUUUUUUUUUUAUUUUACUGGACAUUAUGCAUUGCAGCAGAUUUUGUUCAGAAUAGAGCACAACAUUCGCUGCUUGUGUGAUGUCAAAGGCAAUAUGUGAAUACGCCAGAACAUAGUAUUGUGCAUAUGCCAAGAUGCCUCGGUGUUUUCCUUGAAUGUAGUGUUUAGUCUGCAGUUAUUCCUGUUCUUCUUAAUGUUUACGUCCAGAGAAGUUUGAGGUAUAAUUU